AUGUUUCCUGUUUACGCCGUUACACCGGCCCGUACUGGGCCGCAAGAAGCGCGGCAAAAAGCGGCAAUUCAAACAAUAAGUGCAGCGGCGAUGCAGGGCCUCGCCCGCGUCGUAAAGGGCGCCCGAGACAAACAAAUGGCGAACACCGAAAUGUACUCGCGCACCCCUGCGCCUGGCUUAAGCCCUAUGCAAAAUAAAACACCCGAU